AUGUCCAAUACGAACACACCGGGCGUUUGGUCUUUCUUUCUGAUCUUCAAGGCCGGCUCCGGAAAUCUCUUGACGGAUCCGCAGGUUAUGACUUCACCGACUCUCGAACGUGGUCUGUUUGGUGGUGGCAAUUCAGGCAGGUUCUUCGAGAAGUUUCCUGAGCAGCAUGUAUGCUCCGGUUACUGCAAGUUUUUUGGACUGUCUAGUCUCAUUGAUAUGUCCUCCGCUUAUCAGCAUAUAAUUCCCGGCCUCCAUACUUUCUCCGGAGAGUAUCUUCUUCUCACGAUGUCUGCGCCCCCGCCGACCCACGAAACGAUCGAUUUGGGGCCGCUCCUGGGCGUACCGCGCCUCUGGUGUGGACUCUGGCAACUUUCCAGCAACGCCUGGGGUAGUGCGCCUGUCUCCAAGAUCCGGAAGUCCAUGGGAGACACCGUUGAUCGUGGGUUCACGGCCUUCGAUAUGUGUUUCCCAGCGGACCAUUAUGGGAGCGCGGAAAUUAUUUUCGGCCAGUUCCGGAAGUCGUGCGGCACUCAUCCGGACCUGGUCGUUGGCGCAACCAAGUGGUGUGUCUUCAAAACCAUCAUCCCCGAUCGAACCACCGUCGAGGCCGCUGUGCGCGAGAGGAUGCUUCGCAUGCAGAGUGAGAAAGUAGAUUUGCUACAGUUUCACUGGCAAGAUUACGAGGACAAAGGGUAUCUAACCGCGCUCGAAAUCCUGGACGAGCUUCGCUCUGACGGCCUCAUCACCGCGCUUGGCCUCUGCAACUUCGACGCCAUCCGCACUGACGAGAUCUGCACGCACCUCGGGCCGGGUGUCAUUGUGUCGAAUCAGAUCCAGUUCUCAUUAAUCGACACGCGGCCCCUGCACGGCAUGACCGAUGUAUGUUCACGCCAUGGUAUUAAACUGCUCACAUAUGGCACGCUGUGCGGUGGUUUCCUGUCUGACCGAUGGCUUGGCCAGCCUGCGCCCGAUUUGUACUCCGGGGACCUAACUCCGUCGCAACGCAAGUAUCUGGACAUGAUACUGAAAGCAUGGGGAUCCUGGGCUCUUUUCCAGACCCUCCUUCGUUGCUUGCGCGACAUCGCGGACGAGCAUGGGUUUGACGUCAGCAUCGCCAACAUUGCCACGCGCUGGGUUCUCGAUCAACCCGGUGUCGGCGCCGUGCUCGUCGGGGCUCGACUGGGCAUUACGUCCCAUCUGGAGGACAACCUUCGAGUGUUCUCACCGGCAUGUAAGCUCACCGAACAAGACAAUCACAAGAUCGAGGUCGUUCUCGCACAGUCCCAUGGACGAAGAAUGAUUACGACGAUUGGGGACUGUGGCGCAGAAUAUCGGUGAUACAUUCCAUGCUUUGAAGGGAUGAUCAGGGCGAUGCGAUAGGGAAUGAUCAGCAGCUCCGGUUCUGGACUUCGGGCUGUAUUUGGAUCGCCGGCUGGAUGUUAUUACAUUUGCGGGAGUCCGACGGGCGGGAAUAAGUCGCAUAAAGUCUCCAACACAUGAGAAAUGUUAUGUACGGUUGCGAUGACUAGCCCCAUUAUGCGCUAGGCGCAGAAGCGGAUAUGGAUCAUGCGUCGCCUUUCACAAUUGACUGUACUUAUCAUUAGCACCUCGCUGGAUGUUGAUGAGCGCUGAAUUACCGUAUAACCCAUCAACUCACCGAGGCACGGACUCG